CGCUAAAAUACAACUAUGCACAUUCAUAUACAAGUUUUAGGAAUUAUCCUUGUGAAAAAUGUUUUGGGUCCUCAUAUCACAUCUUCAAUGAAAUCAACCACCCAUACUUGGCCUAUAAAUACAAAUCUCAGCAAGAGCUUGACUUGCAUCGCAUACUAAGAAAUUGUGUUAAGUCCUUUCCAAAGUAGAUAUUAUCCUUUGGCCCCAAGGCUCCAGGAGAAGAGGAUCCUUAUAAUCAAAGAAAAAAGAAGAACGAAUGGCUGAUCAACUUUCAAAUGAGACAAUCAUUACAGGAAUGAAGAAACUUCUCAGAGACGAUGGAGACAAUGAGUCCAAAGAGGAAAUAGCAUUGAGAAGGAUUGAUGUGGGCAGCCCAGUUGAAAUUAUUAGAAGGGGGUUCCUUCACUUCAAGGCCACUGAAUUUGACAAAGAACUUGCUGAAGGCCAGAAACCCCAAUUUUUGGUGUUUGCCUGCUCUGACUCCCGGGUCUGUCCAUCUCGUGUCCUCGACUUCAAACCAGGACAAGCCUUCAUGGCUCGCAACAUCGCUAACUUGGUCCCGGGAUUUAACAAGCUUAGGUACUCGGGAGUUGGUGCGGUCAUUGAAUAUGCGGUCGCAGCUCUUGGGGUGGAAGUCAUUUUGGUCAUCGGACACAGUCGAUGUGGUGGGAUUAAGGAACUUAUGGACCUUCCCGCGGAUGGGGCAACUUCCUAUGACUUCAUACAUGACUGGAUCAAAAUUGGUUUACCAGCUAAGGCCAAGGUGGAAGCUGAGCUUCCAGAUGCAAAAGAUGAAGAAAAAUACGCGAGAUGUGAAAGGGAGGCAGUGAAUUUGUCACUUGUGAACCUGCUCACUUACCCAUAUGUGCAAGAUAGGGUGGCUAAGGGAACUCUGAAAUUGAUGGGUGGACACUAUGAUUUUGUCAAUGGAAAAUUUGAGCUUUGGGGCGUCGACUUGGGCAUUAAACCCCUUCUCCACAUCUGAGUUUCCAACUCUAUCAAUAUGGUCCUGCUUUUUUUGUUGUUGUUGCUUUUUUUUGUUUUUCUUGUUUUAAGUGGGUUUUUCGUGUUUGGUCAAGAGCAAUAAUUUACUAGGAAUAAGAGUAGAGCAGUCUCUUCAUGCUCUCUUCCAUAUGUUUGCGUGUCCAAAUAAUUGUAAUGUUUACUUUCUUAAAGUGUUCUUUAUUAUGAACUGAUAUCAAUAUCAUGUAAUUAUGUUAAAUUUGAAGUUUUAGUAUUUUUUUUAGCGUAA